AUGGAAUCCGAUUCGGACAACGAGGAUAUUCCGGUGAAGCGCAGAAAGGGUGGUUAUGACACGGAUGCUGCAAGUGAACGGUCAACUGCCUUGUCCGAAGACAAUGAUGAAGAAGAGGACGAGGAAUAUGACGAUGAUACCUCCCGAAAACAUGGCAGAAGACGUCACCGAGACUUCAGAGACGUUAGGAAUCUCUUCAUCGAUGAAGCCGAAGCUGUGGAUGAAGAUGAAGAGGAAGAGGAAGACGAUGGUGAUGACGCAGAACUACUCGGCCACGAGGAAGUUGAGGCCAUACAGUCGGCAAUGACAUCAGCCCGUGAUCUAGAGGCCCGUGACAGAAUGAAAGAGUUUACUGAACAAGACGUAGAAUCUUUGGAACGUUAUUUCCAACAGCGAUACGAGUCACAAAAUUACGCCUCUCAUCGCUUUGGUGAGGGUGCUGGUAUGACUGCCAGCAUCAUCCAACAGGAGCGGGUCCCCGGCAUUAAGGAUCCCAACCUUUGGGUUGUGAGAUGCCAAAUGGGCGAGGAAAAGGCUACAGUUCUGGUUCUGAUGAGGAAGUUUAUUGCCUACCAACUUUCAGAUACGCCGCUGCAGAUAAAGUCUGCUUUUGCCAAGGAGGGAUUAAAGGGAUACAUAUACAUUGAAGCAUUUAAACAGACGCACGUGAAACAAGCUAUUGAGGGUAUCAAUGCUUUAUCACGUGCACAGUUUGAACAAAAAUUAGUUCCAAUCAGCGAGAUGACCGAUGUAAUGCGAGUUGUCAAGGAAACGGCUCAGCUGAAACCGAAGCAAUGGGUUCGCAUCAAAAGCGGCCUGUACAAGGACGAUCUAGCUCAGGUGGAAAGCAUCGAAGAUGCUCAAAACCUUGUUUGGCUCAAGCUAGUCCCAAGAAUCGAUUAUGAUCGCAAGCGCAACCGAUUUGGUGCCAUCGGGGAAGAGGAUGGGAAAUCGAGUGGUGAACAAAAGGGUGCGUCGAGUGCUCGUAAGGGACGCUGGAAGCGGCCACCCGCCGUCCUAUUUGAUCCCGCGAAAGUGUCUGAUCGGAUCAGUAGUGCUGGCUCCUUUAUACUUUUUGAAGGGAAUCAGUAUGAUUCUGCUGGAUUUCUUCGAAAGGAUUUUCGAAUGAAUGCAGUCAUUGCAGACGGAAUCCGGCCAACACUGGCUGAAUUGGAGCGUUUUAAUCAGGUGCCCGAUGGCGCUGAACUGGCUGCUGCUGCCGCAGCUGUUGCAACGAAGAAUGCCACUUCAGCUAAACUUGGACCAAACGGGGAGAUAGUAUCCUCUGGUCAUGGAUUCAUGCCCGGCGACGUUGUGGAGGUCUGCGAAGGGGAUUUGAAAAAUCUCCGUGGGAAGGUUGUCUCUGUAGAAAUCGACGACAGGAUCAUUGUUCAGCCCAGUCACUCUGACCUACGUGAGCCGAUUCCCUUCUCUCCAGUAGAAUUACGGAAAUAUUUCAGCCAAGGCGAUCAUGUUAAGAUUCUCAGUGGACGCUAUGAGAAUGAGACGGGUUUAGUUAUCAAAUUCCAGCCAGAUUUAUGCAUUAUUCUCGCUGACCAAAGCAUGACUGAGCUCCCUGUGGCCCCAAAAGACCUUCGUCUUUGGCAAGACCGUACCGCCUCAUCUGAGUCGAACGCGCCGGGUGGUUUACAUAUGAUGGAUUUUGUACAGAUCGACUCACACACUUUUGGUGUGGUUACUCGUAUCGAUAAAGGACUCAUCACCGUUCUGACAUGUAUGGGGAAGACCGUCACAGUCAAAUCCAACACCGCACUCCGGGUCGUGAAAUUGGGUGGUUCGCGGCGCGCUCCACCUCAAGCACUUGAUCGUACGGGAAACGUAAUUCAGAUCAAAGACAGCGUACGUUUUUGUGACAAGGCCUAUGAAAAGAUGACUGGGGAGAUCAAAUGCAUUUAUCGCUCCUGGGUGUUUGUGCACUGCCAAACGCUCAUGGAGAACGCUGGAAUGCUCGUGGUAAAGUCUCGCCAGGUUGAGCGGAUUGGUGGAGGUUCAAGUCAAGGUGCUGUUGGUGGUUUUGCUCAAUCGGAGGCCAGAGUUUCUGCGGUUCAACCAUUUUCAGGUGUCCGAGGUGGCAAUCGUAGGGGACCUGAUCAAGGAGACCGAAAAAUGAUUGGGAAAACUGCUCGCAUUGUCGCGGGUACUCUCAAAGGUUUGACGGGAAUCAUCUGUGACGCAACGGUAAAUGAGGUCCUCCUUGAACUACAUUCGCAGUUUAAGAAGGUGCACGUUCUGCGGAAGAACGUUGCUCUCCUUGAUAGCUCAGGCCACAUAAUUACCGGCCAGCUUGGUGCGACCCCAGCUACUCCAAGAGCAGCCUCUGUUCGGGAAGCUCGAACACCAGUGGCCGGUUCGAUGACACCGCAUGCGCCAAGCAUGACUCCUCGUGCCGACGCUACACCCCUGCCUUACGCCUUUAAUCCCAGUAUGGCUACUCCCGCUCACUUCGUUAACGAUGACGGCAUGUCCACGUCGAGUAAGUUACCGCAUUUUUUUUUCAAAAAAGCCCAACCUUUUGCUUAUGCUCCCUUGAAACUGCAAGCAAAUGCAGUCUAA